AUGAAGACGUCAACUGCUUUGAUCUGCCUCGGCCUUAUGGCCAGUGCCGUUAUUGCUGCUCCUCAUCGGCUGCAGGCACGCGGUCCUGGAGGCGAAGUUGUUGUUUAUUGGGGCCAAAAUGCGGCCGCAGCAAGCGAAAAUAACGACCUUUCGACCUACUGCACUACCGACUCCGGUAUUGAUAUUGUUGUUCUUUCCUUCCUUUACGAGUACGGAAACGGUAAUACGAUUCCUGCCGGUGUGAUUGGGAACGAUUGCUCAAUUAGCACCUCCGGUCAAGGCACUAACUGUGAUGCCCUUGCCAGCCAGAUUGCCACCUGUCAGUCAAAUGGUGUCAAGGUUAUCCUUUCGCUCGGCGGUGCUGUUGGUGCCUACUCCCUCACAUCCCAAGCCGAAGCAGAGACAAUCGGCCAGAAUCUCUGGGAUGCCUAUGGAAAGUCCUCCGGGGGGAGCAUACCACGACCAUUUGGAUCUACCUUCGUUAACGGCUGGGACUUCGAUAUCGAAGCUAAUAGCGGUAACCAGUACUAUCAAUAUAUGAUUUCUAAGCUCCGCUCCAACUUCGCCUCAGACUCCAGCAAUACCUACUAUAUUACCGGCGCUCCCCAAUGCCCCAUCCCGGAGCCUAAUAUGGGUGAGAUUAUUCAGAAUGCUCAAUUCGAUUACCUUUGGGUGCAGUUCUAUAAUAAUGGUUACUGCUCGUACCCAAACACUCUCAACUACGCUGACUGGGUUUCAUACGUUUCCGGUACUCCUUCUGCCAACGCUAAAAUCUUUAUCGGUGUUCCUGCGUCCGAGCUUGGUUCCACUGGCACUCAGAGUGGUGCUGUUUACUACCAGUCUCCGAGUGUCCUCGCAAGCACCGUAGCUUCCUUUGACACCAGCUCAAACUGGGGCGGUAUUAUGAUGUGGGAUGCUGCAUUUUCUGACGCCAAUGUGAUUAAUGGCUGCAACUACGCUCAGCAAGCGCAUAGCAUCUUAAAAACUGGUUCUCCCUGUGGUGGAAGUGGAACUACUCCUCCCUCCACGACUACUACACCCACCCAAACCACGUCUACUGCCACUGCUACUGUCACCGCCACUGGUGUGCCAGUACCUCAGUGGGGUCAGUGUGGAGGUGAGGGCUACACCGGUUCGACCGUUUGCGCUACCCCAUACACCUGUGUUAAAGAGAGCCAGUACUGGUCAUCGUGUCAGUAGAACGCUUCGCUGCGAUCUGUAAGUCUCCGAUGGGGAUCUGGUUCGGAGCUACCUACCCAUUGAGAUCACAAGGGCAAGAGUG